UAAAGAUGUUUUGGAGAGGAUGAUGGACGGCAUCUUGUUCCUAGCGAAGAAUGGUUUAGCAUUUCGUGGGGAUAGUGAGAAAAUUUAUACAAAAAAUAAUGGAAACUUCUUAAGUUUCAUAGAGGUACUUGCAAAAUAUGAUCCCGUGUUAAAGUAUCACUUGGAGAGUAUCGAAAAGAAUGAAAUGCGGUAUCAUUAUCUUAGCCACAAAAUUCAGAAUGAACUGAUUUCAAUGCUUGCUGAUGAGACGCGAAAGCUUAUUCUGAAAAAAAUCCACGAGGCGAAAUACUUCUCAAUUAUUCUUGAUUGUACUCCGGAUGUUUCUCGCAGGGAACAAAUGUCCAUUAUAAUCAGAUGCGUAGAUGUUUCAACAGCAAGAAUUGAGGAAUAUUUUCUUGGGUUUUUGAAAGUUGAAGAUAAAACAGGAGAAGGUUUGUUUUUUGAACUUCAAGAAGCAUUGAUAAACCUUGGAUUAAAUAUUGAUGAUAUAAGAGGGCAGGGAUAUGACAAUGGAGCAAAUAUGAAAGGAAAACACAAAGGUGUACAAGCAAGACUACUCGAGAUUAAUCCAAGAGCAUUCUACACACCGUGUGCUUGUCAUAGUCUAAAUCUAAUACUUUGUGAUAUGGCUAAGUCAUGUCCUAAAGGAUUGUCUUUUUUUGGAUCCAUACAACGUAUUUAUACGUUAUUCUCGGCUUCUACUAAUCGAUGGGAUUUGUUCAAAGAAGAGAUUGGAGAGAAAGGUUUGACUCUUAAACCAUUAUGCGAUACUAGGUGGGAAAGCCGUGUAGCAAGUAUCAAAGCGAUAAGAUACCAAGCUCCUGAAAUACGCAAAGCUUUAGAGAAGUUGCGAGAUUCAUCCUCUAUUUCUCAAGAAGUCAGCACAGCCGAGAGCCUAAGUAUAGAAAAGAUGGGUUCCAAAAGGCAAUGGAAGAAGCGAAGGAGAUUGCAGAUGGUAUGAAUAUUGAACCUACAUUUCGUG